CCAAAAAGAACAGACACAAAAGCCUUGUCCUUGACAAAUCAUGUCAACGCAAGUGGAUGUUCAGAAUCGCAGCGCCGACGUGCCCGAAGACGCACCAGAGCAUUGCCCUGGCACGGAUAGCAAUGCAGCGGGCAAGUCGGCCGCGUGUGCGGGCUGCCCAAACCAGACCAUCUGCGCGUCGUCCCGCCCAGCCGGCCCCGACCCAGACGUCGAGCAAGUCCGUCAGCGGAUGAGCACGAUCAAACACAAGAUCCUCGUCCUGUCUGGCAAGGGCGGCGUUGGCAAGAGCACGGUCACUGCGCAGUUGGCCUUUGGACUUGCUCGAAAUGAGGCAACCCAGGUCGGCGUGCUCGAUAUCGACAUUUGCGGCCCUUCCAUUCCCAAAGUGAUGGGUCUCGAAGGAGAGCAGGUGCACCAGAGCGCCAGUGGUUGGUCGCCCGUGUUUGUUGCUGACAAUCUCGGUGUCAUGUCGGCCUCCUUCUUGUUGCCCAACCCCGACGAGGCCAUUAUUUGGCGCGGACCCAAGAAGAACACACUGAUCAAGCAAUUCCUCAAAGACGUGGACUGGGGCGAGCUCGAUUACUUGGUUGUUGACACACCGCCAGGCACGUCGGACGAGCACUUGUCCAUUUCUCAGUACUUGGCCACGACGCAUGUGGACGGUGUUGUGAUUGUCACUACUCCUCAAGAAGUCGCUCUCAGCGAUGUGCGAAAGGAAAUCAACUUUUGCCGCAAGGUCAAACUGCCCGUCAUUGGUGUCAUUGAAAACAUGAGUGGGUUUGUCUGCCCGAGCUGCAAGAACGAAUCUCAAAUCUUCCCUCCCACGACUGGCGGCGCCGCCAAAAUGGCAGCAGACAUGGCUGUGCCAUUCUUGGGACGCAUUCCACUAGAUCCUAGGAUAGGACGCGCUUGCGAUGAGGGCAAGAGCUAUCUGGACGAAAUUGCCGACUCACCUGCCGUUGUGGCCUACAACAGCAUCAUUGGCCAAAUCAAGGCUCACUGCGAGGCUCAUCCUGCCGGUGCACACUAAUGCUCUCGCGUCCUGCUCCUUUUUUUUUUGCCAUGAUAACCAUUUUCGUUUCCAGCAUAACGUUGGAAGUGUGUGUGUUUGUGUUUUGUUUGUUUUUGAUUUCGUUUCGCCGCAUUGGAAAACAAUAUUAAGCAA